CUUGUGUGAACGUUCAGUGCUUGUGUGAUAAAUAAAGGUUAUUUGGUGGUCAUCAAAUAUGAAUUCCAUUUGGAUUAUCGCCGUGCUCGCCUGCUGCAACGUCGCUAUCACACGAUCCAGCGAUCUAUAUGAAGAGGAUUGGGCGUACUAUAUCUAUCAUCGAAACAGGUCAUCUCCAAUCGUUCCAGCUGUACACCACAAUGGAAUUCUAAGACGAGAUAAUGGUACACAUUCGUUGGACAAAUACACGUUAGAACUAAGCUCAAAUAAUUAUAAGUACACAACUACCAGAAGUGAUUUAGAGAGCUUUAUCGAAUUAAUUAAAACAAAUGGCAGACCCAAGAGGAGUUUGGUAUCCGGUAACAUAAUGAUAACACAACAUUUUAACGAGAAACUUAUUUCGCCAGGCGAAGACAUAAGCCUGCAGUGCACCGCCACCGCAGACCGGCCACCGCGAUUCAUAUGGGAGAGAGACGGAGUAGUGUUAACUUCUAACACUGAUUCUAGGUACAUCUUAGGACAGGUGAUGUCUCCAAUAGGCAUCGGGGUGGUAUCCCAACUGAACAUAUCCAGGCCGAGAGUGGAGGACGGAGGUCUAUACUCCUGCAUAGCCUACGAGGGGGACUCCAACGUUAAAUAUUCAGCGAGAAUUAACAUUUACGGACCACCGUACAUAAGAACUUUACCACCGAUAAAAGUUUUGAGUGGGGAAGGCCUCAAAUUACGAUGUCCAUAUUAUGGCUAUCCUAUCAGUAAACUAGAAUGGGAACAUAAAGGGAAGAAACUAGUGACUUCAAUUUUACCGCAGCACAUGCGAUACAAGAGAACAUACACGAUAAAACACAUAAACACAAGAAAAAGACGAAGAAAACGACAAGUCUUAGAGGGCAAUGAAGACGGAGUUUUAAGUUUACAUAGAGUACUCAAGGAAGAGAAUGGUGAUACUUACACUUGUAUAGUGUACAGUCCAUCCGGAGAAAUGGCUAGGAGGUCAUUUGAAAUCCAAGUUGUAGAAGCACCAGAACUAGAUGAACUUAGAGUUGGAUCUGGUCUCAAAGAAGGACAGAUCGUGCAAAUAACCUGUAACAUUAUAAGUGGGGACCCUCCGAUAUUCUUCUCGUGGUUAAAAGACGGAAUGAAGAUUCCAGCUAGUUUAAAGAUUACAGAGCGAAGUUCAGAAUUAUUCAGCGUGUUGAUUAUAAAGCGAGUGUCAUUGGAGCACUGCGGUAGGUAUACGUGCAUAGCAACGAACCACGUCGGAAAAGUGAACCAAACUACUGACUUAUACAUAAACGUUGCACCGAAAUGGGUUGAAGAGCCAACGAAUGCAUCACUUUUGUUAGGACAAAGAGGAAUUGUGGACUGCAAUGCAAACGGCUAUCCUGUUCCUCAGAUACAUUGGAUGAAGAGAGAUACGUCAUUAGGAAUAUGGAGGCCCAUCUUAGAUUUAGCUGGUGGUGGCGUCUCUAGCUAUCCAAAUGGAUCUUUGUCACUUGAAGUGGUAUCAUUGGCUGAUGAAGGGGAGUACGCGUGCCAUGUCAACAACGGCUUCGGAGAUCCUUUACAUAAGAACUUGUGGAUUAGUGUUAAUAAGCCAGUCCAUUUCGAGUCAGUGGGGACGAACAUCACGACGAAGAUGGGUCACACCGUCACCAUCACGUGUCAGCCGCUGGGGGACAGCCCCAUCAGGAUCAAGUGGAGUCUAGAUGGAAAACCCGUUGAAAUGUCAUCAGCCAGAGUGACACUAUCAGAAACCGCAAGCCCGCUAGGUUUGCAGAGCACUCUGAGCAUAAAACAUGCAGAAAGUAGAGACAGGGGAACGUACGAAUGCCGAGCUAGCAAUCCUUUUGGAGUGUCUACUUACAACGUAUUUUUGAAUAUACUAGAACCCCCCGUCCCACCUGUGGACUUACAAGUGGACUCCGUCACCAGCUCCACAGCGAAGCUAUCUUGGCGCGACACUUUCGUCUCGCAAGUGCAGUACUACUCCAUACAGUACUCCAACAACCACUACGCCCUGUGGGACUCCGCCAAACUUGUCAAUGUAACGCGUCAAACCAACGACAUUCGUCAGAGCGUCGAGCUGCGGGACUUACAGCCGGCGUUAGACUACCGAGUACGAGUGGCAGCCGGCAACCUGGUGGACCUCAGCCCGUAUACACAGCCUGUACACUUCUCUACGCUACAAGAAGCACCUUCGGCCAGUCCCCUAGGGGUACAAGUCCAACAGACGGACAACCCGGGCGAGUUACUGGUAUCAUGGAUUCCACCAUCCAAAGAGAGCCAUAACGGUCCCCUACAGGGGUACCAUGUGAAGGCGGUACCACUUAUCAGUGGGGAGUCAGGUUCAAAUGGGACGAACACCAAAAUAAUAAAGAUGUCAUCCAGAAAUGGUAAACAUGAAACGGUAUUGAGCGGCCUCCUCAAGAAUACUAGAUAUGCAGUCACAGUAAGCGCCUUCAAUUCGGCUGGUAAUGGGCCAUUUUCUAUACCGGUGUAUCAGACGACAAGAGAAGGAGCGCCCGAGGAGGCGGUAUCGGGUGUCGUGUGCGGCGGCGCGGCGGCGGGCGCGCUGCGGGUGUCAUGGCCGCCGCUCGCCCCGCGCGCCGCCAGCCUACUGGGCUACGUGCUGCUGUACAGUACUGAUGAUGGACCCUGGAGUAAUGUGACGUCACCGCACUCGGAGAUAUACCUGCAGGGUCUACAGAAGUACACCAACUACACCAUCAAAGUUGCCGGCUUUUCUAACUACGGGGUUGGACCAUUCUCGUAUCCUGUAGUUUGUACGACGUUACAAGAUGUGCCCGGUGCUCCUCCAGUGAUAAAGGCCUUAGCGUCAUCCCCCACCUCAAUGAUCGUUAGUUGGAAGGUUCCAGACGAACCGAACGGAGAGAUCACUCACUACACUGUUUAUGUUAAACCAGUGUCAAGCACGGGUGCUCCACAAAGCUAUCGCGUAGAACCAACUCAAGAAUCGCUAUCCACACGUCAGCUGAAAUUUGCUCUGUCUAACAUCAGCUCUGGCGCGUAUGAGGUGUUUGUGAGAGCUCAUACUGCCGCUGGUGAAGGAGCUCCCAGUGCGAGGGUUCACGUAGAAUUAACUAACAAAGUUGUGGCGGGAGUAUGGUCACUAGGCGGUCGUGUAUGGGCGGGCGCGGGGGGCUCACUUCGCCUAGCCUGCGCAGGCGCCGGCUCACCCCCGCCACGCGCGUUGUGGUACCACGACCACAACAUCAUCACGCAUCAUCCCCGCUUCACGAGACAGCAGGAUGGAGGCCUACUGGUUCACAAUAUAGACCAAUCUCUAAGUGGCAACUAUACUUGUAUAGCCAAGAAUCUGUACGGCUCUGAUUCAGUCUCCUACGAAGUGAUGGUGCUUCCGACUCCUGAACCGCCAGUGUUGAGAGUUACGUCACAUAAGAAUGCUUUGUUUUUGCAAUGGGACCAACCUAAAAAAGUUACUGGGAAACCACAAAAGAUCACGUAUGAACUAACUUGGAGAGAAGCAAACGGAUCUUGGCAAGAUACAUGGACUGACAAAGGAACUCAAAUUCAAGGUGUUCAAGAAUAUACCUUGGAUGGAUUAAAAUGUGGCACAAAAUAUUCUUUGCGGAUGAUAGCAUCUAACAGUGUUGGAUCAUCUACUCCUACACAGAUAGACGCUUAUACACUGGGAGGAGUACCAAAGGCUCCAAGUACAACUGAGUGGUUCUGGAGUAACGCCACCCAUAUAUUUAUCCAGCUGAGCGGCUGGGAUGACAAUGGAUGUGAGAUCACGAGAUGGGAGAUACACUAUAGAGAGUACGGUGGAAAAAUGUGGAAGAGAGUUGAGAGUCUUUCGCCUUUAUCAGAUCCAAGUUGGAACGACUACAUGCCAGUAUUAAGUCAGCUAAGCUCUUUAGCAGUAUCAGGCUUAAAUCCGGCUCAGUGGUACCAAAUUAGAGUUAUGGCGGAAAACGCUGCAGGAGUUACUACAUCGUUAUACUCAUACGCUACUACUACGUUGCUUGGAGCUGCCAUUGGACCACCGUCGGAGUAUAUGGACAUCAACAUGCUGGUCAUAGUGUUUAGCUCCAUCCUACUAGUGUUGUGCUCACUAAUAUUUUUGUACAUACUGAUAAAACGUCAUAACCACCAUCGCCUGACCGAGUACCGCAACUCGCUCACGACCGAAAUCAAGUCUGAGCGGAGUAACGUGACGGUGAAUACGCCGCAAAGCCUGCCCAGCGACAACAAUAGGGUGUACAGCACGCCCGUUCAUCUCACUGCGGAAAAUAAACAUGAACUUUACGAAAUCAGUCCAUACGCACAGUUCGCGCUGGGGUUCCGUACAUUUGGCCACGUGGACAACCAAGAGGCGCCUAGCCGAAUGCAUUUUCCCAGCAACAGCAAGGCUAGAUACGAUAGUGAAACGAGCUUCCAAAUGAGAUCAGAAUCAGAGGAGAGUGACUAUGUCUCCCGCACCACCACCCUGAAAAGUGCACCCCGAAAGGCCUGCAGAAUACCACAUCAUAGGUAACUGAAGACCUAGUCAUCGUUAUCCAACUGGUUGUGUUUGUUUAUAUAUUAUAUUAUUUAAUCUUAAGUAUUUAAGUGUUCAUAUUACAUUGAUACAUUCGUGCAGAAUAGCAAGUCAUAAUAAUGAGAUAAGACUGCCUAAGAUUUUCUGAUACCAAAGAUCAAAAACGGGUUUUACUGUAUCUUUUUUCUAUGCGUUAGACGACAAUUUGCAUCUGGGUUUUUUAACUAAAAUCUUAUUGUACAGUUGGUUGUGUGUGGUAUGUCUGGUUUACUAAUUUUUGGCCUUAAUAAUUCUUAGUUAUAAGACUAAAAGGUGGUAAACAAAUCUGCCAUUGAGGGUACGUACUAUGUGUCCUAUGAUUAACGGUAACUGCCAAAUAAAAACUUCGAUUAUUUCUACUGUAAGAUGCUCUCUCCUAAGUCACAAUUCCUUAUCAAAUUAUAAUAGUCAUCAAACAUGAAUGGAAUACUAAUCAAAAUUUAAACUAAGUAUAAAAAAUAAAACCCUGGGCUAAUAACACAAAAAUUUGAAAAUCGAAAUUCCGACGUUUCGGAAGUAUAGGAACAUAAAUAUGUAUAUCGGCUACCUUAUCACGUAAAAAUAGCGAUC